AUGUCUGGGAAAGUUUUUGUUUUUGGCGGUUUUGUCGUGUUAAAUGACCUGGGUAAUGCCAGCCGCCCCCAGUUUGAGUUGAACCCGCAAUACUCUGACUCUUAUCUGCCGGCAACGAUGCAGGUGAUUGCUUAUCUCACCGAGGCGAUGAAGUACGAACUGCGACCGCAGCCGGCACAGCCAGCGCAGUCGACGACGACAGCCGCCCCCAGGCCGACGCCCCCACAUCGCCCGGGUGUGUUUGCACCCGUUGCGCCACCCCCACAUCGAGGAUUUAAGGCAAUACUCACAAAAAAAAUGGCUCAAUCAUCUCUAGGAUCCAUCAUUCGCCAACAUGAACCCUUCCUACCCGCAGGCAUCCAUGAACUAGACCUGGAGCUCCUCGGAGACGGCGCCAAGGACCUGCAUCGCGCAAUCAACAUCGACUUAGCCGACAAUUCCUUCGAAGACUUCCUCGAGACCUUCGACGACGACGCCCGCAACUCCGACCUCCUACGCUGGUUAAAACAAAAGAAAGUACCACCCACGCGUGCCUACGUUACUCUCUUAUCAAUCUACGAUUUGUUCAACAAGGAAACCAAACGUUUGGGCCUCAAUCGCUUCAACGGUUUCUCGGAAACAAUCGUAAAAGACCUAAAUAUUGUCUCUGGAGGUUCCUCUGCUUAUCAAUUAGGGUAUUUGUUGAGGAAAGUGCAGGAUCAGAAGGAGGUGGCUGAUCCAAUGCUGCAGAACAAGAUCAAGGCGUUGAUUGGUGACCUUGAGAAGGAGGACAGCUACAUUAAUAUCGCGUUGAUGUAUAUUCCUGCUCUGGGUUUUGCUUUGUAAGGUUAAAGAGGAUAUUAUAAAGGUUUUGAAUGAUAACAAUGGUUUCUAUAUGUUAAAACUAUGUAAGUGAUUGAUAAUGAAUUAAAUACUAAUGAAAUACUGAAA